GACAUUUCAUCUCCAUUUUCAAAAAAAAAAACAUCAAGAAACUAUAAGAUAGAUUUUACUCAAACAGAAAGGGGAUGGAUAUUAUUCAUGAUGUUACACGAAGAGGUGAUGUUAGAUCGCUCAGAGAAAUACUCGCUACAAAUCCGGGGUUUCCUCUGGCUGAUCAAAAGUUUUCAUGUUUCCUUCGAACUCCUUUACAUGUAGCAGCUCUCCUAGAUUAUGUUGAUUUUGCGAAAGAGAUUGUGAGGUUCAAUCCACGACAUGGAUCUCAACUUGCGAUGGAGACAGACUCCCAGGGAUGUACUCCUCUUCACUUGGCUUCCACAAGAAAUAAUCUUGAGAUGGUGAGCGUGUUGUUAAAUGCCAACACAGAUGCAUGUAUAGCUCCAGAUAACCAUGGAGGAACACCCCUACAUCUAGCAGCCAUGAGAGAUGAAGUUAAGGUUAUGGAUUUGUUGAUUCAAAGCCGCCCUGAAGCCAUUCAUCAAAGACUACGGAACACAAACGACACAAUACUACACCUAUGUGUUAAACAUGAUAAGUUCAAGGCCUUGAAGUGGUUGAUUGACCACUUAGUGACUAACAGGGCGAAUCUUGCUAAUAACCCAGAUGCCAUCUCCGUUAACUCCGUCGACAGUGGUGGGAACACAAUCUUGCACCUGGCGGCAAAAAUGAACCGGAACAAGAUGUUAAAAUAUCUAUUAAACAGAGGUGACAUAGGAGUUGAUACAAAUAUCCGAAACAAUGAGGAAAUCACAGCCUUACACAUGUUAGGUAGAAAUGAAAUGAAGGACAUGGGCAUAAGUUGUUAUGAUUAUCACAAUACUAGAGAAGUUCCGCAACAAAGUAAAAGUAAUGAGUGGCUAAAAGAGAGACUGAACACGAUAAUGAUCGUAGCAGCUCUCAUAGCCGGAAUCGCAUUCCAAGCUGGUACCAAUCCACCUGGAGGUGUUUUCCAGGAAGACAUGAAGAUGAAUUCUACCGAGGACCCUGUUAUGUUCAGUUACUAUCUCAGAAAUAUUAUCCACAACCGUGCUAUGUCUCGAGGUUUUCAAUCGUAUCUUUCGCGUAUGCACAACCUGCCGCCACAUUUGAUAGCAAGAGGAGGUAAUAAUAUUACUGCUGAUGAGAUUAUCACUUACAGGGCCAACUUUGUCAAGGAGCUGUUAACCGCUGCAAAAACCAGUGAUUCAAAUACUAGGUUAGCGUUUUUUCACCAAGAAUUAGCACCUGGUAUUGUUUUGGAAGAGGAUAGCUGGAGAAAUUUUACUUUCAACUACAAUACUACUUAUGGAGGUGGUUCUGGUUUUUCCCCUUAUCUAAUACAUUACGCCGGGACCGCUAUCCUGGCGUAUGCAUCACCAAAAGCUUUCCAGGCAUACAUAAUCCUUAAUAAUCUCUCACUUGUAUUAUGUGGAAUGACGAUUCUUUUAAUUACAUUUGAUGGUAUUAAACAACGUCCAUCCGCAUCCACCACUUCCAUAGUUGGAUUUCUCGAGGUUUUGUUGGCUAAUGCAGUGGCGUGUGUCGGCUUAAGUUACAUGGUAGCAGUCCAAAGCAUAGGUCCACCUUUUCACAGGUACCUUAGAAUUUUUACUAAUCGUUUUAUUCUCUUGUUUCCGUCUGUCGUGCUGCCAAUUGCCAGUAUCACCUAUCACAUCAUUUUUAUUAGAUCUACCGAUCCUCUUGCGGAAACCCGUAUUCAUGGGCUUGGUCUGCGAUAUGCUGCUUUACGCCAACUAUUUCUUAAACUGUAUAAUCCUUUUCAGAGCGAAGAGAAUUGGCUCGUAGUUAAACUACUUAUAUUUCAGUUUGCUUUUGUGGGUAUUUGCGUUUUCAUUUUAGAGUAUACUCUUAGUUAACUUGUAUUCUUAGAGUAUACUUUUAGUUUGAUGCUUAUGAAUAAAAAGUCAUGUUCUUUACUAUUAUAGCUCUGAAUUUUUGUCUA